UACGAAGACUCUAAAAGGUUUGUGCGAAAGAUGUCAUCUUCUCCAUUCGGACACAAAGCGACGAAGGCAUCGAUUGUUUUGUUGUUGGGUACCAUAUCUUGAGGAAAUCAAUCAUAACCAUGAAGCUUCUUGCAUCGACCAUCGCCACCUUGGUGGUAUCCCUUCCUCUCUCCAAUGCUAACCUCAACGGGCUCAGCGGAGUCCGAGGCCAGCAUGCCGCCAAGAAGACCAGGAAGCUCCAAGGCAACAUGGGUAUGAGGUUUGAUUCUGCCGAAGAAGAGCUGGCAGCCAUGAACGAACCAUUCGCGGAAAGCGAAGAAGAAGAUGGACCGGCAGAAUCAUCUGAGCCUCUGACACCAAUCAACAUUAGUAUCCAGCCUGCAUACCAUGGAAUCCCUGUCUUUUUGGGCAUUCAAAUGGGAUGGUACGAGGAACUUGGAUUGGAUGUCAACAUCUCCGUGUGGGACUCUGGCGGUCCUCAGGUCAGGGCUGCCGCUGAAAAUGAUGCCUGGGACUUUGGAGUCGCUGGAUGCAAUCCCAAUAUUAUUGCCGGGCCAUUGGGAAUUUCCACAGUUGGCAUCAGUAACGACGAGUCCACCGCAAAUGUCGUUGUUGGAGGACCAGGAGUGACCAGUCUGCCAUCUGCCGGUGACGAGCUCAGCGAGGGAAUGUUCGCGGAAACACCAGGAUCCACCGGAGAUCUCUUGAUGCGUGAAUGUCUGUUUGUCCUUGGUAUCGAAACCGACGAAAGCAACUUCUUUUUUGGAGGACAGGGAGACGUAAUUGGAGCUUUGGAAUCUGGAAACAGUUCUUACGGCGCCUUGUGGGCUCCCAACUCGUACAUUUAUCUCGAGGACAAUCAAGAUGCUGUGGCCUUGUGCAACGGUAUUGAUGUGGGUGUGACAAUUCCCGGUGGUUUGAUGGUCCGUGACGAGUGGGCAGAGGAAAACCCCGACCUAGCUGCCAGGGCCUUGGCCGUUUACUUGCGAGGUGUUACUACCAUGCAAAACAAGGCCGUUCGAUCCGAAGUCCUCACGUAUGCCAGAGCCUUCUACGACUAUGUUGGAAAGGAGCCCAGCGACCAAGAUAUCGAACGUGACUUCCUCACCCGUCCAACCUUCAACUUGGAUCACCUCUGCUCCCUCAUGAGCCGUGACUUUACCAACGGUGGCAAGUCUACAAUUGACACUGUCUACGAUAUUAUCGCAGAGUUCCUCGCCGAUCAAGGAACUAUUGAAGGAGUUCAACCCACGGACGAAUACCUUACAGACGAAUACCUCCAAUACAUCAGCGCCGACGCAGACUUGCGUACCUAUUCAUACCUUGGAUACCACGCCACUCCAGGAGAUAUGAACUAAACCCUGGAACAGAAUCUUUAAACGAUACGGUACAUUAGGAGCAUAAGUAUACGGAUACUAGUAGUAAUGCAUGCAUGAGAACCACUUCCCCAAGCUC